AUGGGUGACGGGCAGCGAAAGUUCACUUUUAAGCCUCUCAAGAGCACUCCCAAAGCGACCACUCCAUGCAUUUCGAGCUCAGCACCCAGUAUUCCAAUGCAUAGGCCGCUUUUCACGACUUCUGAUAACUCCCCAACAUGCAAGGAUGAUAAUUCAACAAAAGUUUCAGCUAAAUUUCUCCCUACAGCUACAGUGACUCCAAUUAGGAACAACAAUGAUGUAGUUAGGUCUCCAUCCCCUGAUCUCGACGUUUCAAUUCACGAAGAGUCAUUAGAAGUUCCUUCACCCUCCUGGUUUGACGAAUCUGAACCAAUAGAAAAUCCCAGUUCUACACCCACCAAAAACUUAACACUCCAUAGGCCAACAGAUAAAACAUCACCGGUCUCGGUUAUUCCUCGAUCUUCUAGCUUGGAGUCUUCUUGUAUGAAAAGUGUAUCUAAACCAUGUCUGCAAAAUGAGUCUCGAGUUUUUCAAGCACUCAGCACAGAAAACUCAAAUUUAAGAUCUCAUGAUGACUCGGUUUCAAUACCUCAUUCAUUUUACAGUUCAAUCUGUAAAGCAUGUGACUUAUUGGAGAACUUACCGAUGAACAAAUUAAUGUAUUGUUUUGGAGAUGAAUUAUCCGUAAUAACAAAAUUACUGCAUGAAAGAAGCUCAAACCCAAAUAUUGUGAGCGGUCGCCCUCCCUCAGGAAUGUUGAAGAAAUUAACGUAUCCGAUUUCUCCUACAUUCACAUCUGAUCAACACAUUCGAAACACAAAUACCUCUAAAAGGACGUUGAUGGGCGUUACCUCAUAUGCACUUGGGAAUAUCUUGUCCGAUGAUGACAGUUGGGCCAACAUUAGCACUAACUCAUCGAAAACCCGAGCCUUGUCGGAUGUUCCUACAAAAUGUUCAAGUACUAAAAAGUCAGCUACACAAAAAACGGAUGAUAAUUGCACCAUACGGCAUUCGACUAUGACUUUUGACUCUGGCGAAGGGAGUGCUUUCCUUCCACUUCAAGCUCAAUCUAAAUGGGAUGUCCAGACCCAUUGUGACGAUCAAUAUAAUCAGCCAGAUGACGGCUCAACAGGCGAGUUCGAUGGAGAUGAUCGUUUUCCUCAUUCUAAACGCAUGAUGGAAGCAUUCUCAAAAAUGUUUGGUCUACGAUCCUUCAGACGGAAUCAACUCCAAGCAAUCAAUGCAGCUCUUCUUGACCGUGAUUGCUUUGUAAUCAUGCCCACCGGUGGCGGAAAGAGCCUGUGUUAUCAGCUUCCAGCUGUUGUUCAGUCUGGCUUAACGGUCGUAAUUUCUCCUUUAAAAGCACUAGUGUUGGAUCAAGUUACAAAACUUCAGUCACUUGGUGUUCCAGCGGCUCAUCUGACAGGUGAGGCCAGUCUCUCCGAAAGUGACCAAGUAUACACUGCUUUACAUAUGGCCAAUCUCCGCUUAAAACUUUUGUAUGUGACACCAGAGAAAAUCGCUGCUUCUGAUAAGCUGAAAGGAUGCCUAGAACAACUGUACAAACGUAAACGUUUAGAUCGUUUUGUGAUCGAUGAAGCCCACUGUGUCAGUCAGUGGGGGCAUGAUUUUAGACCAGAUUAUAGAAAUCUAAGCAUUCUACGAAUCAAUUUCCCAGACGUACCGAUGAUGGCCAUGACUGCUACAGCUACACCAAAAGUUCGUCGAGAUAUUCUACUUCAGUUGAAAAUGACAAAUACUAAGUGGUUUAUUCAAAGUUUCAACCGUGCGAACUUAAGAUUUGAGGUUCGACCAAAAAAGCUUAAAAAUUGCACAAAAGAGAUUAUUGAUGUUAUACUUAACGAGUUUCCUAAACGAUCAGGAAUCGUUUAUUGUCUAUCACGUCGAGAAUGUGAUGUCGUAGCUGAGGAGCUGAAGGCCGCUGGACUUCAAGCUUCCGCCUAUCAUGCUGGAAUGACAGAUGCUCAGAGGCGAAAUGUUCAACAGGCAUGGAUACAAGAAGAUAAAUGUAAGAUUGUAUGCGCAACUAUUGCUUUUGGUAUGGGGAUAGAUAAACCAGAUGUUAGAUUUGUUAUUCACCAUUCCUUGCCAAAAUCAAUUGAAGGUUAUUAUCAAGAGGCUGGACGUUCAGGAAGAGAUGGAUUACCCUCGACAUGCAUUCUUUAUUAUCAUUGGCAUGAUGUUGUCAGAUUACGGAAGCUAAUACAAGGCGAUGGAUCUUCUUCAGUAGCUAGAGGAACUCAUCAGUUUCACGAAGAUGCACUUUAUCGUAUGGUUUCUUAUUGUGAAAAUCAAAUUGACUGUCGUCGUAAACAAAUGCUAUCACAUUUUGGUGAAGCAUUCGAUUCAGCUACUUGUGGAACUAUAGUUGGUUGUUUGUGUGAUAAUUGUCAGUUGUCUGAUCGAAGACGCCUAGAACACAGAGAUGUAACAGAAGAUGCUAUUAAAAUAGUUCAUACAGUUGAAUUGUUUGUACGAUCACGACGCAAUGUGACAGUGAAUUAUCUUGUGGAUAUUUUUCGAGGAGCAAAAACCAGUCAAAUUCAAAAAAGUGGUGAUGAAUCAAAUCAAAUAUAUGGACAAGGUUCUGCUUAUUCAAAAACAGAUGCUGAGAGACUAUUCCAUCGCCUUAUUUCCGAACGUAUCUUGUAUGAAGAGUUGGCAGUUACGCAACUAGAUCAUGUUGUUGCCUACGUUCGUCUUGGAUCAAAAUCAACAGGAUUACUAAAUGGUUCUAUUAAAAUUACUUUACCAGUUUCUAUACCGAAUCGAUCAGGACAUAGUGAAACUAAUGUUGUUGGUCGCCCACCGGAAGAUCGUUAUGCCAGUGUUCGUAAUCAAUGCUAUGAGGAAUUAGUUCAAGUAGCAAAACAACUUACGUCCGCUCAAGGGAUUUCAAAUUAUGCUACUGUAUUUCCAAAUGAAAUGCUAUUAGAAAUGGCUUCAAGUUUACCAGCUACUCGUGAAGAAUUACUUCAAAUACCCCAGUGUACGGAUUACAAAUUGAAUUGUUUCAAUGCAGAAUCAUCAUUUUUAGAAAUUACUUUAAAUUAUCUUUCAAUUCUUGGUGCCUUAAAAGCCGAAGAAAAAGAACAAGAGGAAAUGAACACUCCUCAACAAUCUUUACCAUUAACCAGUUCUAGUCGCGGUCGAGGACGUAGUAAUUUCGCUAAACGUGGUCGUACAAAGGCUUACAGUACAAAAAAGAUAACGCCAAGUGGUGGAGGCGAACGUAAACGAAGCUAUCUUUUUGGUAAAUAUCAAUUCAAAUCCAAUCCUAGUUCGUCAGCGUCAUCCAGUAGCUCAGCAGGCUGGAAGCGAAAAGCUCCAAGUACGUUCAACUCAAACACAUUUCAACCAAAACUAAUGAAACUUUCUGUAAAGCGAGAUUAA